AUGCAAAAACUAAAUAAAACACCACUAAAUUAUUUACAAAGUGAUGGAGACAUAUAUCCAGUUCCAGAAACUUUAGAAAUAGAUAUUGGAAGUUAAAUAACAUCUCCAUAAAGCACUUAUCCAUCACUCAGAAAGGCAUCUUUUUAAAGUCCAUAUAAAUGCAAAAAAUCUCAAUAAAUUCUAGAAUUUACAGACUAACUCUUUAUCUGGAAUAAGUAUCUUUCUAGAAAGUUCUCCAAAUCCUCCUCCCAACUUAAUUGA